AUGAUGACGAUGACGAUGCAUGAAGAACACGAUGACGAUGACGAUUAUGAUGACGAUGACGAUGACGAUGACGAUAACGAUGACGAUAAUGAUGACGAUGAUGAUGACGAUGAUAUUGACGAAGGCGAUGAUGAUGACGAUGACGUUGACGAUGACGAUGACGAUGAUGAUGACGAUGAUGAUGACGAUGACAAUGACAAUAACGGUAAUCACGACGAUGAUGAUGACGAUGACGAUGACGAUGCUGAUGACGAUGAUGAUGAAGAUGACGAUGACGAUGACGAUGAAGAUGACGACGAUGAUGAUGACGAUGGUGAUGGUGAUGACGAUAACGAUGAUGAUGAUGACGAUGAUGAUGUGGAUGCCGAUGACGAUGAUGAUGACAUUGAUGAUGACGAUGACGAUAAUGAUGACGAUGACGAUGACGAUGAUGAUAAUAUUGACAAUGACGAUGACGAUAACGAUGACUAUAAUGAUGACGGUGAUGAUGAGGAUGGCGAUGAUGAUGAGGAUGACGGUGACGAUGAUGAUGAAGUGGACGAUGACGAUGAUGAUGACGAUGACGAUGUCAAUGAAGAACACGAUGACGAUGACGAUGACGAUAUUGAUGACGAUGAUGAUGACGAUGAUGAUGACGAUGACGAUGACGAUGACCGCGAUGACGAUGGCGAUAAUGAUGACGAUGACGAUAAUGAUGAUGACGAAUGA